AUGGAGAGCAGGUUUGUCGUGUGUGUGUGUGUGUGUGUGUGUGUGUGUCUCUGUUUCUCUCUGUUUGUAGGUACAAGCUUUGAAGUGCCUGUUGAAAGUGGUCUAGAUGAGGAGAAAGGCCUGGAAAUUCUUGCUUUGUAUGUUAACGGGAAACCACAGAAACUUCCAGAACAGGCCCGCAGCAUCGUGAGCGAAUGUAAAGGUUCUCCUCUUGUUGUUUCUCUCAUUGGAGCUUUAUUGAGGGAGUUCCCUGAUCGGUGGAGCUACUACCUGCGACAGCUUCAGAAGAAGCAGUUCAAGCGGAUCCGCAAGUCAUCAUCCUAUGACUAUGAAGCUCUGGACCAGGCCAUGGAUGCCAGCCUGCAGGUUUUGGAGCCCGAACACAGAGAUCUGUACAGAGACCUGAGCAUCAUGCAGAACGACGUCAAAGUGCCUGCUAAGGUUCUGUCAGUGCUGUGGGAUCUGGAGUUGGAGGAAGUGGAGGAUGUCCUACAGGAGUUGGUGAAUAAAUCUCUGCUGUUUCGAGACUGUAACCAGCGACCAUACCACUAUUACCUUCAUGAUCUGCAACUGGACUUUCUCAUUGAACAGAAUCGUGAUCAAAUUGCUGAACUGCAUAAGAAGCUGGUCCGUCAGUACCAGCAGUUUUAUAAUGAAAGGCCACCCAGCUCUGGAGAUAUAGACUGUUCGUAUUGGUACCGCUUCCUCCCGUACCACAUGGCUAAAGCAGGACUGUCUAAGGAGCUUUAUUCACUGAUGUUUUCCUUGGACUGGGUCAAAGAGAAAGCUCAGUUUAUGGGAUCUGCCCAUCUUAUCAACGACUAUGUAGAAUAUGGUGAAAUACUAGACAAAGAGAACAGUGAGGUGAGACUGCAGUUUCAGGAGUUCCUGUCUUUAAACGGACAUCAUUUGGAGCAGAGGCCAUUUCCUGACGUAGUGCAGUUGGCUCUGUCUCAGCCCGCGUGUUCAGAGGUUUACAGACAGGCCUUGAUGCAGGCGCAGAAGAGGGCCAGCAGAGGGCAGCUCUAUAUGGACUGGGUGAACAAAAAUAAUCAGGACAGUUCGUCUCGGCUGGUCAUGCAUCCUCACCAGGGGUCUGUCUACUAUGCUGGCUUCUCCAAAGAUGGGAGUAAAAUCGCCUCUUGUGGGGCUAACAAGGCGCUGCGGGUGUUUAAAACAACCUCUGGAGAGAAACUUCUGGAGCUUCAGGCUCAUGACGAAGACAUUCUGUGCUGUGCCUUUUCUCCAGAUGACAGUUACAUUGCAACCUGCUCCAGUGACAGGAAGGUUAAGUUGUGGAGUGUUGAGCGAGGUACUCUUAUCAGAGAGUUUGGGGAGGAACACGAGGAGCAGAUAAACCACUGCCAGUUCACCAACACAGGCCGACGUGUCCUGCUGGCCACCUGCUCAAACGACAAAUUCACCAACACUAAGCUAUGGAACCCCAACAAGCCGACUUCUCAGAACACUAUGUUUGGACACAUGGAACCUGUCAAUCACUGUUGCUUUUCUCCUAACGAUGCCUACCUCGCCACUUCAUCCAGUGACGGCACCUUGAAGCUGUUUGAGGUGUCAUCUGCGAACGAGUGGAAAUCAAUUGAUGUCAAUAGUUUUUCCCCAGAGAGUGACGAUGAAAUAAAAGCCAUCGUGAAAUGCAGCACUUGGUCAGCCGAUGGCUCACGGAUCAUUUGUGCUGCCAGAAACGCUGUGUUUGUGUUUGACGUGAAGACGUCAGACAUGUUGUUGGAGAUGAAGACGAGUCGUCUGAGCACAGUGCAGUACUGUCACGCAUGUCCCAACAGCAGCCUGCUGGCCGUUGCACUCUCUCAUUACACCGUAGAGUUGUGGAACUUUGAGACCAGUAAAAAGAAAGCCGAAUGCAAUGGGCACCUGAGCUGGGUUCAUUGUGUCCAGUUUUCACCUGACGGCUCACUCCUGUUGUCCUCCUCUGAUGAUCAGACCAUCAGGCUGUGGGAGACUGAUCAGGUUCACACCUCCUCUGCUGUGGCUCUGAAGAGGGAUUCUGAUGUUCUCUUCUCCCAAAGUGAUGUUACAAUAGUGGCAUCAGACAGCAGAAACCGAUUACAGGUACGGACCGGAUUGGCAGGUGCCGUUGUGUUUGAGAGCGAAGAGUUGCCGUCCAGGAUUCGCUGUACUUGCAUCAGCAGAAAUGCUUCGCGUGUGGCCCUGGGAACUGACAAAGGAACUGUACAGGUAUUUCAGCUCACCUGUGGGGUAUCGUCAUUGCCAGUGCUCUCUUCCUAAUGUUCUACUCAAUUUCUUGGGUUUUUGGAUGAGCAUGCAAAGCACUCUGGGUAAAAAUAGCCUUCAGGAUGCUUGUGGGUGUUUUGACUCCCCUCUGGCAAUGAGAUUUGCCAUGGCUGUCAACUGCACUCAGCCCUCUAAUCUCUCGCCCUUCCUUUCCCAAACCCAUUCCUUCCCUUCCGUCUCUACUGAAUGUCGUCAUGCUGGAGGCGAGCGUUGUCCUCCUGUGUUGCACAGAGUGUACUGUAGUGUAAUAGAUGUGACUGGUACAACGGGGAUGCCUAGAGGUAACAGCUGACUGAUAAAUAAGCACUGUUCUCUCAAUCUUGCGUUACACCUGUUUACUGCCCAAUAACCAUUUAUUUAGAUUGCUCCUCUCCAUCUCUGCCUGAUUGUGUGUUCACCUGAAAGAGAGAUGGACAGAUGGAUUUAGAAAAGCGGUAAAAUUUCAUUUUAAAUGAAUAAAACCGUAAACAAUGUAGCCGGUUUAGUAGUU